CCCAAACUUUUUUGUUCCAGGGACUGGUCAGCCAGUACUACCCGUUACUACAGAUUUUUGAUUAGCUAUUACUAUUAUAGAACUAUUAAACUCAGAAUAAUAUAGUCUGUUUAUGCAUGACAUUAGGCUCUGUUUAUUAUUAAACACAAUGUUAUGUGGUGGUCCCUACUCCCUUUCUCCAUAAAGGGAGAUCUUGGCCUGAAAAACAUCAACAACAAUAAAACCCCUGAUCCACUGAAUUGCCAAAAACACAUCGUGCCAUCGUAUUUUAAAAUAACUAGGGUUUACAAAUACAAACUUUAUAUAGGCAGCAGUUUAUAAUUGAACCCUUGUUGUAAUUUAAGAGGAUCAACGAUUCAAUGUCUCAUUGCAGAUAGAUGGUUGUUCUAGAUAAGAGUUAAUCAAAAACAUCAGUUCUGAGGCCAUUGUUAAACCUCAGUAGUACACAUUCCAACAUGUGGGGUCAAAUUCCACAUGAAACCUUGAUUCCCUGUGCACACUCUGCUACAGCUCAUUACACUCUGUAACCGAGCAGGAGAGCCACUAACUGAAAUCCAGUAAUACUAUCCCGUAAAAUAUGAGAAACGUGAAGGGGAAAAACAAUACUAAAAAAAGCAACAUACCAUUAUUGGUCAUAACAGAAUGUCUCUAAAAAUGGUAGCAGCAGCACAUGUAAUCCCACCUCACACUUUGACACAGCUGGCAAAACACUGGCUGGCAGAGGACACGCCCAACUUUGACCCUGCAGGAGUGUGUGUGGGCUCACAGGAGGUUGAGGCUAAGCUGCUAUGUAAGACCCCCAACAGUAUUCUGGCUGGGAGCCCCUUCUUCACUGCAGUGUUCACCGAGGUUGGCUGCACUGUGGACUGGAUUUACCAGGAGGGCACAAACAUUGGUCCAGGUGACGUGACGGUGACAGCCGUGGUCACGGGCCCAGCCAGAUGCCUUCUUCUUGGGGAGAGGCCGGCCCUUAACUGCUUAGCUCGAACCUCAGGAAUUGCUACGCGCUGCUCUCAUCUCCAGGCCAUGGCAGUAGCCAAAGGCUGGCACGGAGAAGUGGCUGGAACGCGUAAGACCACACCAGGUUUCCGUCUGCCAGAGAAGUACGCAAUGCUGGUGGGAGGCGUUUCCAUGCAUAGGCAGGACCUGAGCGGGAUGGUGAUGCUGAAGGACAAUCAUGUGUGGGCAUCAGGAAGCAUCACUGGGGCAGUGAAAGCUGCCAGGUCAGUGUGUGGCUUCAGCAGUAAGAUAGAGGUGGAGUGUCGCUCUGCAGGAGAGGCUGAAGAAGCAGCAGCUGCAGGGGCAGACAUCAUCAUGCUGGAUAACUUUAAACCUCAGGAUGUCCAGGCCACAGCUGCUUCCCUGAAGCUGGACUUUCCACAGGUUCUGAUAGAAAUCAGCGGAGGCGUCACACCAGAAAACCUUGCCUCAUUUUUCUGUCCACAUGUGGACAUCAUCUCUCUGGGCUGCAUCACACAAGGCUGUCCAAUAGUUGACUUUUCUCUCAAGGUUCAAAUACCCCCAACAGUAUAAAUAAGUGAUGUUAAAGGAACUGAAUCACCUCAGAAUUCAAAGUUAGUAUUUCUUUACUACUAGGCUGCUGGUGUUUCCAAACUUAAGAGUUUUCAGAGCCAACUGUCAGCGGCCUUUGGAGUCACAGUCUACCUCUGUAAUUCUCAAAUAACAAGCCUCCGGCCACUAGGUGGCAGCAAAUCAACCAGUGUUUUUUUACAGAUAUGAAAUGAAAUAUUAUUAUUAGGUUUAUCAUUAGGUUCUUAAUAGUCUUUCAAUUCGGAGGGGACAGGGUGAAAAAAAAUCAGUCUCCUGGUGGGGGAAAAUAAUUGAGAAUCACAGAUCUGACACAAACAAUUCUAAGGCUUUGGUUGCUUUUUUUACUUUUUUUUUUUUGCUAUUAUUAAAAUGUAUUGUUAACACGUGGCUAUUUCCGCUAUAUUAUUUCUAAUUUCCUGCUGCCAACUCUCUUUACUUACUGAUGGUGUCUGCACAGAUAGACCGUAUAUAGACGGUAAUGUAAUGGGUCCAUUUAGAUAUUGUUAAGAAUAUCCAUACUAUAUUUCUCAGCCUUUACCUAUUUUUUUUUUUUUUUUGCCAUAUUUUGCUAGUAACUAGUUGCUAACCUAUGGACCUUGCCUUACUUGUUCAACAUUCAUGUUACAUAUACAGACUUUUAUUCAUUUAUACAGUCAAUGUGACUGUUUCAGUUCUGUGUUGGUUCCAUAGUGUAGCGAUUGACACACCUUUCUCGGAAGCAGAGGGUCCUGGGUUUGAUUCCCAGAGGAACCACGAGCUUGGUGCCUGCUGGGGGCAGCCUAUUAACAGCAUAUCUGCUGCUAACACAAGAAUUUCCCAGAUAUGGGCUCAAUAUAGUUAAUUUGUGUUUUGUUUGCCAGACCAAUACAAGUCAGGGUUAACUCAUAGCUUUACCCAGGCCUAUUAUUAAUUAUUUAACGUUUGUUAUUUAUAAACUAUUCUUAUUACUUUGUAUUUUCUGGCUGUUUAUUUUUAUUUAUUAAUAUUAUAUAAUUAUUAUAAAUAAAUGAUCAAUAAAUAAUAAUAAUUUAAUUUAAUUAUUUUUUUUCCAUUUAUUUAUCCACAUCUGCCCAAAAGUUUUUGGUGUUGAAAAAAAAAAUUGAGAAUCCUUACUGAUCUUUAUGUUAUCUGACAUAUCACUGACGAAUUAAGUGUGUUUGAUAACAAUGUACUGUAUUUGUUUUGUAAAUAGUCUUUAAAAUCUGUUAAAACAGUAUAUAGGUCCAUUGUGUAAAAAAGGAUGGAAAACUGUCAGUGAAUUUGAAACCUGACUUAGUUCUGCUUAAAAACUUAAGUGAAAACUGUCUACCCAAAAAAAAAAAAAAACUAAAAAAUGCCAGCCGCUGUUUAUAACAUAGGUGGAGUAGCUGUAACUCAAGAACCACCAACAUCUCCUUUUUAAUAAAGUGAGAAGACAGGA